UCCCUCUCUCUUGCUUUUGAUUGAUCAGCUUCUCUCUCCUUUUCCGUCUCUCUCUCUCUCUCUCUACCUUCAGCUGUACGAUAAUGGCGAUGCCUUCUUUGGAAGAAGGGACGGCGAAAGAAGUCCUUAGACAGGUGGAGUUUUACUUCAGUGAUAGCAAUCUCCCUAGAGACAAUUUUAUGAGAAGAACUAUCAACGCCAGUGAGGAUGGCAUGGUGAGUCUUGCAUUGAUAUGCUCGUUUAAGAAGAUGAAAGGUUAUCUGAAAUUGAAGGACUUGAAGCCCGAAGAGGUGCCGGAAGAUACUGUCAAGGCAGUUGCUGAAACUCUUAGGAAAUCUACUUCUCUUAAAGUUUCUGAAGAUGGGAAGAAAGUUGGUAGGAUUGCUGCACUCUUAAAGCCAGAAGAGGCAACAGAGCAAUUGGACAUAAGAACAAUUGCUGCAUCACCUCUAGAGUAUGAUGUGAAGCGGGAGGAUGUGGAAUCAUUUUUAGGAAAAUAUGAGGUGUCAAGUGUGAGGAUGCCUCGUCACGUGGCAGACAAAAGGGUAUUUUGUGGCACUGCAUUGAUUGAGUUCUCAACAGAGGAAGAUGCUGAAAAUGUUUUGAAGCAAAGUUUGGUUUUUGGUGGUGUACAACUAGAAUUAAAACCAAAGAAGGAAUUUGAUGCAGAAAGAGCAAAACAAGAAGAGGAAUUAAAAAAUUCCCGCCUCUUGACAGUUUCAAAUAACAAGAACUAUUCAAAUGCAGAAGCAACCUAUCCAAAGGGUUUAAUCGUCGCAUUUACUUUAAAGGGCUUGUCAGCUGGAGAUUCGGUGGAAGGCGAUGGUGCUCAAGAGCCUGUCAGUGUUGAUUCAAAGGUCUGUAAAGCUGACGGAGGAUUAAAAUCCUCAGAGAACGAUGCUCAAGAAAAUGAACAGAAGGAGUCAGAGAAUGUAUCUGAUGAUAAAGAAAAUAAUGAGAUGAAUGUUGAGGAGGGAAAGGAAGAAAAGGCCAAUGAAGAAAUUGGCUCUGAAAGUAAAGAAAUACAAGUGGAAGAAGGGGAGAAGUCUGCUGAAGAUCCCACUGGAAAGGACAAGGAAAAAGAGGGGAAAUCCAAAGCUGAUGCCUAUAGGGACGACAUGAAUGUUGUAUUGCGUGAAGAUUUGAAGGCUGUCUUGGGAAAAUUUGGCACUGUCAAGUUCGUUGAUUUCAAGAUUGGAGAGGAUUCAGGAUAUGUUAGAUUUGAACAACCUGAAGCAGCACAGAAAGCUCGUGCAACUGCAGUCUUAGCUAAAGAAGGUGGCUUGAUUGUAAAGAAUUUCGUUGCCAUUUUAGAACCAGUGACUGGUGAGGCAGAGGAGGAGUACUGGAACCUGCUGCGUGGCAAUCAAGAAAAACAUUGGGAAAAUAAAGGCAACCGCGGAAGGAGAGGAAAACACCAGAGAGGUGGUGGUAAACACCCCCGAUCUAGAGAUAAUCAUUCGACUGGUCGACCAAAUAAAGCUCAGAAAGUUGGAGCAUCAUGAGAGAAAUUAUCGCUAAGUCGUCGGUUUUGAGGUCACUUUUGUAGACACUCUUGGAGUUUAUGUGAGAGCAAUUGCACUGCUGCUUACUCUCCCUGAUGUCUCUUAUCAAUAAGUUAAUUUGUAACUGAUAUAAGACAUUCAGUUAUUUCAUAGAUGCAAAUGAGAGUCGGCUCCAACUUAAGUUUGAUAUAGUUGAUGCAGUCGUUAACCGUACGAUGUGCAUUGGCCUGCACAGUAGAGUGUGGUCAGUAGGCUGAUUUUUUUUUUUCAAAUUAUAUUUAUAAAAGCAUGUCUCUGAACCCUUUGGUUCAACAGAAAAA